AAAUGAGCAACAACGACCACAAUUCACUCCUUCAGUCAGUGAAGCUCCCACAGCCGUUCAUGAGAGUUUAAAUGCUGGGGAAUAUUCACAUCUUCCCACAGGAGAAGAAGAAGCAAGCAGGAGGAAUUACUCCAGGAGAAACUACGGACAUACUAUUGUAAAGAUGGAGAUUAAGGAAGAACCCUGCAGAAUAAAAGAUGAAGAUACAGAGGAACAAAUAGACCUGAUGGAAGUGAAUGAAGACAAACAGCAUCAGUUUCAAAAAACGCAUUAUUUCACAAAUGAAGAUGGAAAUGCAGUCGUUUCAAAGACUGAAGACAAUUUCACACAGAAACAAGCUGGAAAAUCUGGAGUCAAAGGAUCUUUAACCUGUUCUGAGUGUGGAAAGAGUUUUGUAUCUAAAUCAACCCUGAACAAACACAUGAUGAUUCACACUGGAGAAAGGCCUUAUACAUGCACUCAGUGUGGAAAGAGUUUCAUAGUUAAAACAAACCUUAACCAACACAUGAAAAUUCACACUGGAGAAAAACCAUUCACAUGCUCUCAGUGUGGAAAGAUUUUCAGUCAAAAAGGACACCUUAAGACACACAUGAUGAUUCACACUGGAGAAAAACCAUUCACAUGCACUCAGUGUGGAAUGAGUUUCAGUUACAAAAGCGUUCUCAAUGAUCAUAUGCGCCGUCACUCUGGAUUGAAAUCAUUCAGCUGUGAUCAGUGUGAUAAAACAUUUGUUUUUGAAUCCGGCUUAAGAUCACACCUUAAAGUUCAUUCUGCUGCGAAAACUCACUUUUGUUCUGUUUGUGGAAAGAGUUUUUCACAUCUUGGAUCUGUAAAAGUGCAUGAGCGUAUUCAUACUGGUGUGAGACCUUAUAUGUGCUUUGACUGUGGAAAGACCUUCACUUCAUCCAACAACUUAAAAUCACACCAGAGAGUUCAUACUGGAGAGAAACUGUACAAGUGUUCACACUGUGGAAAGAGUUUCACUUAUUCAGGAAACCUGAAAGUUCACGAGAGAGUUCAUACUGGAGAGAAGCCGCACCAGUGCUCUUCAUGUGGGAAGAGUUUCAGCCAAUUAGCUACUCUACUGAAACAUAAGAAAAAGCAUUGCCUGAAGGUGUCUAAGUGAGCAAAGUUCACUUCCAUAACUUGUAAAUAAGCAAAAGA